GUGAGAAUGUUGCUUCCCUUCAUGGUUUGUCACUCUCUACUCCAUUUCUACCCUAUUCUACCCUGGCUCUCGCUGGGGUACACUGGAUACUGCACUUAAGAUCACACAACAACACUUUUAUCAACACUAAGGUUUAACAGCAUGGCGUAUAUGAGCAAAGAGACUUACUUGUAAUACAAAUGUAGAUAACUGUCGCCAUCCACCAUCUCGUGGCACACAUAUCGACUAGGGCCUCCGGCUGACAACUCAAUAUUCUGUUUAAGAUCAGAUCAGAAGUCUCCUAAAUUCAGUAAUUUAUAGUUUCAAUUUGCUAAUUCAGCCGUUGACGAGAGGGUAGUUAACUCCUCCCUUUUGUUCUCAAUCCCCAAAGUUAUAUUCUCAUUGGCUAUGCCCUGUGGCUGGGGGGUGGGGCCUUUGGUCCUCUCUGCUGCUUAUGCGGUAAUAUUACGAUACUCCAGUGGCCUAGUUAGCAAGCUUCUUACUUAUGUGAUUACGCAUAAAUGGUGAUCAUCAACAUUCUUAACCUAGUUGCCUGUCCGGGUGUUGUCAUACUAAUGUAAUGACUGUAAAACACUUUUCGCAAGUCUCGAACAUUUAGGUAAUGGCUUAAAUUUCCAAUCUCAAAUUUGAGACACUACAUGCAGCUAGACUUUGCGACGUCUUCGUUUUCCUUUGCAUUCGAAAAAUCGCGUCACUAUGAUUUUUUUCCAGUGGAUGUUUCCUCCAUGCAUUCUCAGAGUUUCCCAUGUACGGAAGAGGCCUGGAAAGGCGUAGUAGCGGGAACCUGGUCAUUGUGUGUUUCUGAGUCGCGUAAGCUUCAUCAGUUGGUGCGAGAUUUUCCGAACCCUUUCAGACACACUGGCUACAAUUGUGUACAUUAAUUUUUACUGUGUCUUAGCUGCAACAGAAAAAUGUUUCCUCAAUGGAAACCUCAUGUACACGUUUGUGAAUGUUCAAUCUUUUCAUUAUGCACAAGUGCUGCCAUCUGUUGUGCAGCACUAUAAAAAUAUCAACAAGUGAAUGUAGCAGUGCACAGCAGCUUGUGAUCUUCAGAAUACACGAUUGUGGUUGCUAAGUUAUAUUCCACUGUAUAAUUGAAUGUUAUUAUUGUUAUUUUGCAUGCAAAUUAUUAAAUGAUCAGUUUAUUUAUUACAACAGUGAAUAUUUCAAAACUAAUUAUUUUAGUCCAUAAAAAGAAGCAACGAUUUUCAGUGUACAAUCGUAACCAUGAGGUCUCAGGCAGUAUAGUAAACAAUAUGUGACAUAACCUAGAACUUUUGUGUUUACUUGAUGUGAAGUGCUUGUUGUAACUGUUUCUUUGUUAUCCUAACAAUUUUUAUGAGUUUUGAUUGGGAUUUCUUCAAAAUAGACAAGUCUGUUGUAUUACUGGUAAUUGUUAUAAAAUACAUUUUAUCAGAAAAAAAGGACAUCAAGUGGCGUCAUCGCCCAAUUUCUAUAUUGGAUUCAUAUUCUGAAUGGGAACAACAUAUUGAAGACCAGGAGUUGCUUUCUCCUUCAACUUAUUUCAGUAAGUACAUUCCUGAUGACCUCUUCUGCACUAUGGCUGAUAUGACAAACAUAUAUGCAUUGCAAAGUGGAGAGAUUAGCAAUUUCAAACAAACUACACCAGCAGAACUCAAAACAUUGUUUGGACUUCAUAUAAUUAUGGGAACUCUAAAAUUUCCCAGAGUUCGAAUGUUUUGGGACACGACAUUGAAAAUGCAAUUAUUCUUAGACAGUAUGUCCAGAGACAGGUUCUUCCAAGUGAGAACAAAUUUGCACCUUGUUAACAACAUGGAUAUACCAGCUGACAAUAAAGACAGGUUUUAUAAAGUUUGGCCUAUAUAUACUGCCCUGCGUAACAGAUGUCUAGAGUUACCUGCGGAGGAAGAGUUAGCAGUUGAUGAGGCAAUGAUCCCAUUUACAGGGCGGCUCUCUGUGAAACAGUAUGUGAAGGGCAAGCCAACUCCAUGGGGUAUCAAAAUGUACAUGUUAUGUGGUAAGAGUGGACAAGCUUAUGAUUUUAUUCUUUAUCAGGGAGCAUCAACUGAAUUUCAAGAAUCUUUGUUGAAGGCAUUUGGGCAAGGACCAACAGUAGUUUUACAGUUAGCCCAGAGAAUAAAACAAGAAAUGGGGCAUAAGAUAUAUUCUGAUAAUUUUUUUUCCUCAUACAAGCUUUUCCAAGCAUUGAAACAAGAAAACAUCUGUGCUGCUGGAACUGUCAGAGUCAACCGUUUUGCUAAUCCUCCUCUAAUGCCGGACAAGGAGGCACUGAAGAAGGAAAGAGGAUUUUCAGAAGAAAUUUGCAGCACAGAUGACAUAACACUGGUAAAAUGGGUUGACAACAAAACAGUUGUUCUAGGUUCAAAUUUUAUUGGGAAAGGAGAAACUGACAAAGUUGAAUGCUGGGACAAGAAACAAAAUAAAUAUGUUACUAUCAAUCGACCAGAGAUUGUAAAACUCUACAACCAUGGCAUGGGUGGAGUUGAUCUUUUUGAUCAAUUGAUGUCAUAUUACAGAAUUUUUAUAAAAUCCAAGAAAUGGACACUCAGAGCAAUUUUCCAUGCUGUUGAUUUUGCUGUGGUACAGAGUUGGCUGGAAUACAGGACAAGUGCCAGAGAAAUUGGUCUACCAACGAAGAAAAUAAUGGAUCUCCUACAUUUCCGUAUGAGACUGGCUGAUGUUCUGGUGUUAAGUGGGAAGGAUAUCCCCAAUAAAAAAAGAGGUCGACCAUCUGCCACACCUCCAGAUACUCCUGUUCAAAGGCUACGAGGAGAAACUAGGCCUCCUGAAGAGAUUCAGUACGACGGAGCACAACACUGGCCUCUUCAUGAAAAUGGUGCACUGCCUACUAGGUGCAAAUUUCCAGAAUGCAAGGGACGUUCGAGAGUAAAAUGUGAAAAAUGUAAUGUACAUCUUUGUUUGUCAAAGGAAAAGAACUGUUUCCGUUCAUUUCAUUUAAAUUAAAAGACAUUAUGAACAUAAUUCUCGACACAUUUUAUUGUUAACUAAAACAUGGUGAAUUUUAUAUCUAUUGUAUGUGUAAAAGAGUUCACAUUUAAAUGCACCAAAAAAAAAUUUUUUUUUGUCUACAAUGAUUUCAGUGUUGAUUGAGACCCAGUGUACACAAUUGUGUACCAAGUAUAUUUUGAAAACGGGUACAUAUAUUUUUAUAAAUCUUGCUUCUAAAACCAUUAAAAAAUCACCUAAGAGCAUUAGAGCAUAAAAAAAAAUUUCCUUCCUCCAGAAAAAAUUCAGGUCUGAAGGGGAAGUUAUUUUCUGAUCAGUUAGGUACGGUGAAGGGCAUGGUGUGUCAGUUGGAUCUGACUGAUGACGUACUGGUUCGUUCCCGACCUUACCAAUGCUCACCCCACCGUUUGCAAGCCCUGCGAGAGAUAGUUCGCGAGUUGUUAGAUAAAGGUGUGAUGAAGAAAAGUUUUUCCCAGUAUGCGAGUCCAGCCUUCUUAGUCCCGAAGUCUCAGGGCGGAUAUCAAAUGGUAGUGGAUUAUCGACUUCUUAAUCAGAAGGUCGCCUGACGCAUUUCCCACGCCGAGUUUGGAGCAUGCGUUUGCAAAUUUUCAUGGGGCGAAGGUCUUCUCCAUCCUGGACCUGAACUCCACGUACUACCAAAUUCCGUUGUCGGCUAAAAGCCAUAAGGCUACAGCUUUUUGUACUCCGUUGGGGUUAUUUGAAUUCACCAAGUUGCCUAUGGGCAUAAGUGUAGGGUGUCAAGUGCUUUCGCGAGUGAUUGACUCGUUUGGAGAUUUGAAACAUAAGUAUGUCUACAAUUUCAUGGAUGAUUUGCUGAUAUAUUCGCGUUCCAUGGAGGAACACGUAGGCCACUUGAGAGAAGUGUUUGGUCGCCUGGAGAAGGCGGGUUUCACGUUGAACCGUGACAAGGUUCACUUGGCGCAGUCGGAGAUUAAGUUUCUAGGCUAUUCUCUAUCUGAAGAUGGGAUUAAAAUCUUGCUGGAGAGAGUGGAGGCGAUUGUUCAAUUCCCUCUUCCGAAGAACUUGAAGGCAGUUCGCCGUUUCCUUGGCAUGGCCGGAUUUUAUGCGAAUUUCGUGAAGGAUUUUUCGAAAUUGGCCGAGCCGCUCCACGCGCUGAAGCGUAAGAACGCCACAUUUCUGUGGGGAGAAUCCCAAAGGGAAGCUUUUGAGCAGCUAAAAGGAGCUAUUUCUAUGCCCCCUGUUUUGCAAGUUGCAGACUUUACAAAGGAGUUUGUUUUGGUCUGCGAUUCUAGCGACGUUGCCGUUUUGGCCGUUCUCAACCAACGUCGAGAGGAAGGUUAGGUCCCAUAGCUUUCGCCAGUCGGCUAUUGACGGCUGCGGAGCGUAAAUACUCGAUUUACGAGAAGGAAUGUCUAGCCGUAGUUUGGGGAUGCGAACGCUUUCGCGUCUAUCUUGAGCAUAAAGAGUUCACUCUCCACACGGAUAAUCAGGCUUUAUCAUGGUUGCUGAAACGUGUGAAAGAACUAGGCCGUGUAGGGAGGUGGAUUUUGCGACUCGCCCCGUACAAGUUUAAUGUUGUUCAUAUUCCAGGGAAGGUUAAUGUUGUCGCUGACUGUCUAACUUGGCAGUAUGAAGAUGUGUCUGUGCAGUCAUUUUCAGGGUUGAUUCUCCAACAUUUGCGGGCGGCAUUUCAGUCGAUUAGACAACAUCAGAUUAAAGAUGAGUAUUGCAGAGCCGUGUACGAAAAGAUUAGACGGCGAGAUCCUCAGGUUUCACAUUACAGAUUGGUGAAUGACACGAUUCUGUAUUUUUCUCCGAGAACUAAGUCGAAUAGGUAUCUGGUUCCGUUAGAACUGCGGGCCAUGAUACUUGAGUAUUUUCACGAUUCAGCGUUGAGUGCACACCUGGGAGUAGCUAAGACGUUAUAUCGUAUAGCUAAAGUAUUCUACUGGCCGGGUCUUUGACCGGAUGUAGUGAAAUACGUGAGGCAGUGUGAAGGGUGCCAGAGGGCAAAGCCAGCCCAGAAUACUCGAGUUGGUCUUCAUAACAGUCAAGUUGUAAACAAACCGAUGGAACGAAUCUUUAUUGAUUUCGUUGGACCCAUUGUGCGGAGUCGUCGUGGUAAUAUAGCCAUCUUGGUGGUCUUAGAUGGAUUUUCCAAGUUUGUUGCGAUGUAUCCUGUGAGGAGGAUAACUUCCGACGCGGUGGUGUCAUGUUUGGUUGAGAAGUAUUUUCCUUGUUUUGGAGUUCCAAACUGCAUUGUGUCUGACAAUGCGUCAGUAUUUAAGUCGCGGUUGUUUUAUAACACCUGCUUCUCGGGGAUAAAACAUGUGACAACCUCCCCGUAUUAUCCCCAAGCUUCUCAGGUAGAGUGAUUUAAUCGCAACCUGAAGGCGGCUCUAGUUAUUUAUCAUAGUUCGCUACAUACUAGAUGGGACGAGAGUCUCCCUUCUCUUGCCAUGGCUUUCAACACGGCGUGGCAUGAGAGUACCAGGUUUACACCUGCCCUGUUGUUCCUUGGGCAUGAGAUGAACCAUCCCUUAGGACUGAGGUGGGAACUUACUGACGACGAUCUUCAGCGAUCCCCUCAGGAUACUCACUCAUAUUGGGAACUAGCCUUGGGGAAUUUAAAGAAGGCUAGAGAUAGGGUCGC